AUGGCAUCUUGGGGCUUGCUUGUUCCCCUGGUCCUCUACUUCAUCCUGGACUUGAACAAAGAAGGUUGCCAAGCAGAGACGCUUCAGCAAGUUUUCCGUGUGGAGCCAGAUAACGUCACCAUCCCUGAAGGGGAGACAGCUCUGCUGAAGUGUGAGGUGGAAAACCCGUCUGGCCUUGUGCAGUGGGCAAAGGAUGGGCUUUUACUGGGCCCCAACCAGAACAUCCCUCGGUUCCCCCGUUACAGCAUGAUGGGUGAGGCCAGCAAAGGGAUAUAUAACCUGCGAGUAAUAAAGAGCCAAUUGGAAGACGAUGCCUUGUAUGAGUGCCAGGUUGGACCCUCAGAGAAAACUAGCGGCAUCAUUUCCCGUAGAGUGCAUCUGACAGUCCUUGUCCCCCCGAAAAGGCCACUUUUUGUAGAGUAUGAGGCUAACAGCACGGUGACCUGGAUUGCUGGCACCGAAUACACCCUGCGCUGCCAAGUGAAAGAUGCCCGGCCACCAGCUGAGAUCACCUUCUGUAAAGCUGACAAAGAACUGGCAGAUGUGACAUCUACUAUCCAACCUGGUUCUGCAGACAAACUGUUCAGCACUGAGGCCAUGCUGAGGAUCACCCCCCAGAGUUCAGACAACAAGCAACUGCUGACCUGCAUUGCUGCUAACACGGUGACUUUAAUACCAGUCAUUGUCAGUUUCACCAUGAACAUCCUGUUCCCACCUCAGCUGCCUGUAAUCAAGGGCUACGUUGGACCUGUAGUAAAAAAUAAGGAGGAACUAAAACUGACCUGCAUUUCUCCAAGUGGGAAUCCUCUUGCUACGCUGCAGUGGCUGAAGAAUGAUGAAGUCAUCUCCAGGAACUGGGAGACAGAUGAUGCCAACCAAUUGUCCCGAAGUGCCCUGAGCAUGAAAAUCACACCAGAAGACAACAUGGCUAUAGUGAGCUGUCAAGCCCUGAACCAAGUUUUAUCUCUGCCCUUGCAGUCCAGCAUUGUUCUGAAAGUUGUCUUUCCCCCUGAACAGGUGAAAAUCAUAGGCUCCAGCAGCACUCAAGAAAACAGAGAGCUCUCCCUGGCCUGUUCCACCUCCACAAGCAAUCCACCUGUGAUGCUACGCUGGUGGCUGGGAUGGAGGGAGAUCAAUGCUACUGAAGUCACCAUUUUAGAGGCAGAGUAUGGAGGAAUGGUCACUGUAUCUAAUCUGACAUAUGUGGCAUAUCGAGAGGACAACGGUCUGCCCCUGAUCUGUGAGGCCUUCAAUGAAGCCAUCAUGUACACCAGAACUGCUUCUGUCACCCUCAGAGUAACAUAUCCACCUCAGAAAAUCUGGGUUGAUGUGCCACCACCAGAGACACAUUUUCGAGCUGGCACUGAAAUCAAACUCAUUUGUUUUGCCAGUGGUGGGAACCCUUUGCCUCGUCUUGACUGGUACAAGGUGACGUGCACACUUGCUGGAGGAAUACGUGUACAGCAACAGCCCUCUUCUCACCAGAGCGGACUUUCGAAGUCUUGCCUGGGCAAGCAAGAUAUCAAAUUAGUAAGGGAAGGAACAUCUUCAGCCUCAUCUGGGAAUAUUGUUUCCAAGGAGUUGGUCUUGACUACUACUCCCAGUGACAACAUGGCAACCUACCGUUGCAAUGCCACUGGUCCUCCCAGGACUCCAGCACUCACUGCAUAUACUAGUUUACUGGUUCAGUUCCCACCUCUGCAUGCGACAAUUACAGUGGCAGAUGGAAAGGUGAGACGUGGCCAGUCGGUGACGCUGACCUGCAAAUCGGGCAGCAGCAACCCUCCUGCUAGUCUCGCUUGGCUCAAAGAUGGAAAAAGGCUGAAUGGCAUUAAUUUAGGGCAAAAGAAAGCAGAAUAUGGAGGCUUCUCCACAUCAGAAAGGGUGACUCUGAUAGUGUCAUCUGCAGAUCAUGGAAAAAGGGUGGAAUGCCAUGCCUACAGCCCUGAACUCUCUGAAGGCGUGAAUACCUUCUACCAGCUUACUGUCCUAUUUCCUCCAGAAUUCUCCCCUGAGCAGACUCUCCUAGUGCAAGCUGUGGAGCAUGGGUCUGCCCAGUUACCCCUUUUGGUUUCUGCCAGCCCUCCUGAGAUUACCUAUCGCUGGAGCUUCCUUGGAGAGGUGGUCUUAACAGAGGGUUCCCCACGGUACCACUUGCGGGAUGGUGGAUCUCUGGAGAUCUGGAAUGUGACUCGAGCUGAUGCUGGCAAAUAUGAGAUACACUGUGAGAAUGCAGAAGGACGAAAUGAAAGAACCAUCACCUUGGAAGUGCACUAUUCACCAUCUAUCCGCAGCAUUGCAGAUCCAACUUACGUGGACCUGGAGGGCACAGCUGAAAUUAUGUGCCAGGCUGAUGCCAACCCUACACCGAAGUUCCAGUGGAGGUGGCUGGGCGAUUUGGAGCGCAGCCUGGAAGAUCUGGGCAUUGAACUAUUGUCUGAUGGACUGGUGGGCAGCCUGCGGGUCCAGGGAGCCCAACGAACUCAUGCUGGGCUUUAUGAGUGCCAAGUAGACAAUGGCAUUGCCCCAGCAGCACGGAGCAGUGCCCGUUUGAUUGUGCGAUACCCACCAGAAAUCAUUAAGGGCCCUGGGCAGAGGAAAGUGGCAGCUUCUGGUGAUGGAAGAAGCCAAGCUGUGCUUCAGUGCAGUGCUCAGGGUGUGCCCGGUGUGCACUUCAGUUGGGCCAAGAAUGGGGUCUCCCUUGAUCUCCAGAGCCCCAGGUGA